UAUUGAGCUUGCUCUUAAAUAAAGAUAAAAAAACAAACAUUCGCAUUCUAUUCCUCCCUCACCAAUUAUCUACGCAUCCAGUUGUCUCGUCAACCACCGUUUUAUAUUUUUACCUAUCAUUUGUCUGAACUUGCCAAUCUUGCUGCAAGUCUUUCUCAUUCACCAGUGAAAGUAAUCUAACCCUUACCUUAGGUUUACUUUUCCUGUACCCCACCCGGCUAAGAAAGAGGUACUCUAGAACCGCUUUCCGAGCUACUCCACCCAAUCCCCUCGAUUAUUUUGGUUUUUGGGCCCAUUUCACCGGCGUCUGGUUACGUCCGUUUGAUUUUUGUUUUAAGUUUUGAUUUUUUAUUGUUUUUGGAUUCGUAAAGGGUUUACGAUGUUUUAGGUUUACCUCGAUUUGGACGAGGAUUUGUGUUAUUAAGUGUGUCAAUCAGUGUUAUUAGUGUCUAAACAGACCAGUUUUAUUAUUAUUAAAAAAAAAAAAGAAGUGUCAAUUCAUAUAUUUUAGUGUGUUACCAUCAUGUCUCAAUCGGUAACAUCUCCAGCUCUGUCGACUUUUUCAGCGGCAGACCUUUCCGAUAACGGUUCUCCAGCGACUGCUUAUUCGUCCCCGGAGUUCACAAAAAGGAGCUUCCCACUGGCUAGUGUUUCUCCCAAUCAAUCAAGUUAUUAUAGUGAGCAUUUAAAUAAGCUGCAUUUUAAUCUUAUCUUGAUCAAUUCAGCCAUCAAAUUAUUGAGAAUUUUAUACACUAAGAAUCCCCAACAAGGGGAAAUUUCUGAACAUAAGCUUAGAUUUUUCAUUGUGGAAAUCUUGCGUCGUUCUAAAACCUCAACUCAACUGCUUCAACUUGCUUGUUACUAUGUUUAUAAAUUAAUUAAACUGAACAAACAAGUUGAUAUCUGUCCAAGAAAGCUUUUCCUAACUUUGAUUAUUCUUGCUUCAAAAUUCAACCAAGAUUAUAAUUAUUCUUUUAAAUCUUGGCUCAAAAUUUGUGGUCUGAAUGAUAAUGAAUUCACCAUUCGUGAAUUACGUUCUUUGGAAAUGAACACCUUAUCUCUUCUCGAUUAUGAAUUAUAUUUGAAUAAUGAGAAAUAUGAGAAUUGGUGUAAUGUCUUGAUGAUUUUCAGUUAUGAUUUUAUCAAGCAACAAAGAAUCUUGUUGCAAAAUACUGCUGAAAAUCAAUUAACUUUUGAAUUAGAUGAUGUUAGUGUCACUUCUAAAUUGACUCAUUGGCGUGAAUUAUUCACUACUCUUGAAUUGAAUGCUAAUUCUUCCAUUAACUUCAAAAGUUAUUUCAAUAGUCAAAAGGGAUCUAAAGUGAUUUUUAUUGAUGUUGAAUCUGAAAGAGUACAAGUACCAUCUCUCUUCACCAAGAGAUCUAUUUGUGCUAUUGAUGAAAAGUUGGAUAUUGUUAAAAAGUUUAAGUAUUCUACCUCUAUUCAAAAUUAAUAUACAUAUCUUUUCAAA